GUCAAGCUCUGGUGUCACCCUCCGCCCACAGCACAGAGGGAUCUGUCUAUGUCAUUGUGCCUGCUGCUCUUGCUGCCCCUGCUGUGCGGCGGCACCCCUGCCGGCAUUCUCACAACAACGUCUUCAUUCGACCUCUUCGCCACUGCUGCCGAUGCUGAGGUCCAGGGCGGCCCCGCGGCGGCCUCGAUGCCGCCAUUUCUGCACCAGUGCAUCGAGAGCGCCUUCAAAUGGGUGGGUCGGUGAGCAUCCGCUACAAGCAUCAACAGACACACAAGGGAAGAACAAUGGUGUGAUGUGGUGGACAGGUGUCCGAGCAUGUCACCCCAGCGGCAGCAUCGGGAUACCUCGCCUGUGCCCACAGGCGCACGUCUCUCAAGGGCCACGCCGAGUGCUACUGUUCACACGUCGGCAGAGAGAACCAGAACGCCUACCAGGCCGCAGGGUGCUGCGACGCCCUCAAGCUCCACGGGCUGCCGCAGGCGUAUGCCGUGGCGAUGACCAAGCUGUGCGUUAUGGAGUGCAGCGACGAGGGGGAGCUCCUGGGGCCGCCUGAGCUCGUGGGGCUGAGAAAGGACCAGCACCAGCAGCAGCAACAGCGGUUGUCGUCAUCUGCACGUGUUGGUGGUGGUGUCUCGAACGCGACGAAGGCCGCCACCACCACGGCAAAUGCAACGCGAAAAUGGUCAGGGCUGGGGGGGCGAGGAGGCAGCUGCCACGAGAGCAGGAGAUCGGCAGGCUGA